AUGUCAACAGCUACAUCCCAGCACUAUCAAAUCGAUGACUUCACUUUCCAGAAUGGAACCGGCCCGACAUCGGUCCAGCUAGCCUUCCUAGACAUGAAUCCAACUGCAGAGAAAGUGGCCCUUGUUCUAACCUCUUUCCGUGGUCGGCUUCCGUCUACCUUGACCUUUAGCGAUGGCGCCCUCAAGGGCCACAGGGUCAUUGCUGUGGCAUUGUUUGGUAAUGGAGAAUCUUCAAGUCCAUCCAACAUGGUCAAUUUCCCCACAUCGCUGACCUACGAAGACUGCGUUCGUGCUCAGCACCAGUUGCUGAAUUCGUAUCUCAACAUCAAGACUAUCGAUGUGGUGGUUGGUUUCUCCAUGGGUGGGCAGUGCUCGUACUACUGGACUUUGAUGUACCCUGACAUGGUCCGGAACGCGGUCAUUAUAUGUUCCUCGGCUCGCACCAGCCGCCACAACUACCAGUUUCUAGAGGGGCCAAAAGCUGCGCUGGAGUAUGCUGCGGACUACCACAAGGGAGAUCGCAACAAGUCAUCUUUAAAGCCAUUGGGUGGACUCCGAGCUUUCGGAAAAGCAUACUCAGCGUGGUUGACAAGUCCUGAGUGGUUUGAGAAAGAGAUGUACAAGUCAAUUGGAUACGAAACAUUGAGCGAUUGGGAUAAGGAUGCGGCUGGGACAAACUAUCACAAUUGGCACCCCGAUGAUUUGCUCGCCAAGAUAGGCAUGUGGCAGAAAGCCGAUGUCACUUUAAUCUCGGGAGAUACAUCUAUACAAGAAGCACUGGCACGGAUCACAGCGCGUGUCCUGGUCAUGCCAUGUUCGACAGACCAGUACUUUCGCUGGGAAGCGUCUGAGAAGGAGUCACAAGCGAUUCCUCGCUCAACGUUCGUGGUCAUACCAUCUGCAUGGGGUCACUUGGCUGGACUGGGCUGUAACUCGGCAGAUAAAGAUUUUAUGGAUCGGACGAUAGCUGAGUUUUUGAGGACACAGUGA